AUGGGUGAAAGAGUUGUGCUGCACUAUUUCAAUGGGAGAGGGAAGAUGGAGUCUAUUCGCUGGCUUUUAACAGUCGCAGAAGUCGAGUUUGAUGAGAAGCUCUUGGACACACGCGAAGAGUAUCUAAAACUCGUGAAUGAUGGAAAACUCAUGUUUCAGCAGGUGCCAUUGGUGGAAAUCGAUGGCAUGAGGCUCGUUCAGACAAAAGCCAUCUUAAAUUACCUCGCCGAGAAAUUCAACAUGCACGGAAAGGACCUCAAAGAUAGAGUCAUGAUCAACAUGUACUCCGAGGGACUGAUGGACCUCAUGGAAAUGAUUAUGGUGCUGCCCUUCAAUCCAGACCCCACAGCAAAACUGGAAGAGAUUGAGAAAAAAGCAAAGGAACGCUACCUUCCUGUGUAUGAAAAGGCUCUGACUGGACCCGUGUACCUGGUGGGAGGCAAACUAAGCCUUGCAGAUGUGCUGCUGGUUGAAUGCACCCUGAUGCUGGAGGAGAAAUUCGCUGGGAUUCUCAAAGAAUUCUCUGCCGUUAAGUCUUUCCAGGGCAGGAUGAUCCAAAUCCCUGCCAUCAACAGGUUUCUGCAGCCAGGCAGUAAGAGGAAGCCACCCCCGGGUGAAAACUAUGCAAAGGCUGUCGUAGAGGUCUUCCAGAUCAAAAUAUAA